CUAUAUACGAAAGAAGUGGGGGAAAGUAUUCUAUUUUCUUAUGCGUAGUAGACUUGAUUGAAACUUGAAAUUUCGACAAUGUCUAUGGUAAGGGUGUCAAUGAGUUGCAGCUGAACGAAUUUUCAUAACAAAUCUGUAUAUCUAUUGCUAUUAUUACAAUGAACAAGCGGCCUGACGAUCAUAGACGAAAAUGGAACAGAGAAGAAUACGAAAGAAUAGCGCUUCAGCGUCUCCAGGAUGAGAUCGCUGAAGAGGAGCUGGGAAUUCCAAAACAACCAGCUGUAAAAAGGGAAUUGCUUAAACAACGAGAUUAUAAAGUUGAUCUUGAGUCUAAAUUAGGGAAAAGUGUUGUUAUUAACAAAAAUACACCAUCUUCUCAGACCGGAGGAUACUAUUGCAAUGUUUGCGAUUGUGUUGUGAAGGAUUCCAUUAAUUUCUUAGACCACAUCAAUGGAACAAAACAUCAGCGUAACUUGGGUAUGUCAAUGAAAAUAGAACGUUCUACGUUGGAUCAAGUUAAAGCCCGUUUUGCAAUGAAUAAGAAGAAAUUAGAAGAGAAAAAGAAAGAUUAUGAUUUGGAACAAAGAGUAAAAGAAUUAAAGGAAGAGGAGGAAAAGAUUAAGGAAUACAGAAAAGAAAAAAGAAAAGAUAAAAAGAGAAAAAUCGAAGAAGCCAAUGAAGAUAAUGGAGGACCUUCCGAUGAAAUGGCCGCGAUAAUGGGUUUCUCAGGUUUUGGCUCUAAGAAAAAGUGAUAACGAAAAUUUGGCCGGUUUAUGACGAAAUAUGCCUUUUGAAAAUGCAUCUUUAGUAAAGACACUUUAAUGAUUUCUUGCAAAAUAUUUAAUUUGAAAAUUAACAUUAAACACUACAAGAUUAGGGAUAAAUAAGACUGAUCUUAGAAUACAAAAGCUUAUCUUUGAUAUCAAUAAUUAAGUUUUCGCAUAUGUUCAACUAUUUAAUUUAAUCCCGUCUUGUAUGAUCGAUGUUUCGAAUGUAUAGAUAUCUUUAUCUGCACUUCACAAAUACCGGAUAGCAAUUCGCUGAACAUAAUGAAAGUAUGUUGAUUUAUUAAAUAAACAUGAUUGGCAGUAACAAAAAUACGGCAGUAGAUUGUACAAUGUAGCCUUCGCCUUACGAAUCACACUCACUGUUACUAUACUUCAGAUUUACAGCAAUAUUAUAAGUAAGCUUUAUAAAAUGUAUUUACAGUUUUUCUGGACCAGCUGCGUAACGAAUAUUAUUUACAUAAUGU